CAAUUGAUGAAGUUUGGUGGAAGACAUAAUUGCCUAAAAGGAGUACUGUCUAAGAGCCCACGGCAGAUAUUUUACUGUCAUAGAAGAUAUAACCUAAAACAAACUAGAACACGAUCGAAUCGAAUUUUAAUAAAGUUUCAUUUUAUUGGAACUUAAGCAUAUAUUCAGGUAAGCAUAUAUCCGAGAUAAGUUUGCAGUCUACGCAACUUCAAGGUAAGAAUAUAUACUUAUGGUGACUUUAUUUAAAUGUGCUCCCUCAAAGCUGCUAAUACAUACCGCAUCCUCUUCAUCAAUUAAUUAGCCUGAAAAAGCUUUUUCACAACUAUGGCGGAGUUCGUGUUAACAAAAUUAGCAGAGUCCGUCUUGUCCCAAACAGUAGAAAGAAUCACUGAGCAUCUCAUUCAUGAAGCUGCUUCCUUGAAGAGUGUGAGGGAUGAUGUGGUGCUUUUGCAAGAUGAAUUGGAGUCUCUUCAGGGCUUCAUAAAAAGUGCAGAUGCCAAGCAACACCAUGACCAACACCUCCAACGCUUGGUACUAAAAGUCAAAGAUGUAGCUUCUGAUGCAGAGGAUGUUAUUGAGACUUACAUCCAUAAAGUUUCCUCCUCUUACAUCAAAGCUUUCCAUAAUAAAAGUGUUCUCGCCCAGGUCAGCUUCGUAAGGGAGAGGAUCAAAGUCAUCUAUGCAAGUAUGCAGGGUUAUGGGAUCACAUCUGUUGCUGCUGGAGUGGACGGGACGAGUAGUUCAAUGGCAGAGCUGCAGCAGAGUUUGAGAAGAUCAUCCCCAAAUGAAGAAGAUAAGGAUCUUAUAAUCUUGGAUGAAAGCACCAGGGCUUUAACAGAAGAACUGACUAAGGAGGAAGAUCAGCUCCGCAUUGUCUCGGUAGUGGGCAUGGGCGGUUUGGGUAAGACCACUCUUGCCAAGAAAGCGUUUAAAAGUGUUAAACAACAUUUUGACUCUGCUACUUGGGUAUUUUUAUCUCAAAGAUUUGUCCCAAAAGAUGUUUUCAUUGAAAUCUUGACCCAGAUUUUGGGAAAAGAUAAAAUAGAGAAAUUGAAUGCUUUGAAAGAGCAUGAUCUAAUUGAAUUGCUUAAGGAAGAGCUCAAAGAGAAGAGGUAUCUGGUGGUCCUUGAUGACAUAUGGACGAUUGCAGCUUGGGAUUCUAUAAAACGUGCUUUCCCACAAGGAAAGAAGGGAAGCAAGCUUCUGUUUACCACUCGCAAUAGAGAAGUAGCAACAUCUGCUGAUCCGUCGAGCUCCCCAGUUGAACCUCGUGUUUUGAAAGUGGAAGAGAGUUGGGACCUUCUACAACGAAAAGCAUUCCCAAGAGGAGGUUGUCCACCAGAAUUUAAGGAGUUGGGAAUGGAGAUGGCUCAAAAAUGUGGAGGACUACCUCUUGCAGUGAUUGUACUUGGAGGCUUGUUUAGUACAAAAAGUUCAUUGGAUGAAUGGAAGAGGGUGUUGGGAGACGCAAAGUCAUACAUGAACAAAGUGCAAUCACAUCAACAAUACGAAGGAGUGAAUGGGAUAUUAGCCUUGAGCUACUAUGAUCUGCCUUACUACUUGAAGCCCUGUUUUCUAUAUUUGGGCAACUUCCCAGAGGAUUCUGAAAUGCACAAAAGACAAUUGGUCCGAUUAUGGAUAGGAGAAGGAUUUAUACCCACAACGAGGACAAGAGAAGAGAUGAAACAAACAUUGGAAGCUGUAGCAGAAGGAUACUUGGAAGAGCUGAUCCACAGGUGCAUGGUUCAGGUGGAGAAAAGGGACCAUAAAGGAAUAGGUGUCAAAACAUGCCGCAUGCAUGAUCUUAUGCGAGACUUGUGUAUAUCCAAGGCAAGAGAGGAAAGCUUUGCUCAGAUUAUCCAGCAGCAGCAUGAGAGCAACUCGUCUACUGAUGUUUCUGCAGCUUCUUCAUUUGAGCAUUUGGAUGGUAGUCAUUCUCGAAGACUAGUCAUUCAUCCUGGUGUUGAUCUUUGUUUCAAAAAACCUUGGGCAUGCAGCACCCUUUUCAGAAAGCUACUUGUUUGCAAUAAUAAUCCAUCUUCUUCGUCUUCUUCUUCAUUGGUGGAGUCUAAGUGGGUGGAACAGCAGGUAUAUCCCAAUCUUCGUUCUCUUUUGUGUUUGGGUGGCAUUCUUUCUUUAUCAACAUUAAAAUCAAGCAAUUUCAGAAUGUUGAGGGUGCUGGAACUUCAUUUUCGUUCUAGAUCUAAAAUUCCUGGAGGCAUUGGUAAUUUAAUUUGCUUGAGAUAUUUGCGUUUCCAGUUUCAUGAUGAAAUAAGUCUGCCAUCCUCCAUAGGUAAUCUGCACAAUUUGCACAUUCUAGAUCUUAGCUAUAAUCAUUGGGGUCUCAUAGGAUCAGUGGGCAUGAUAUCAAGAUUGAUCCGUUUGAGACAUCUGUUACUUCCUCAUUACAUGAAGUAUAAUCAGAAUGAUUUUCGAAUAGAUAAACUAAAAGACAUUGAGACUCUAAAGACUAUACCAGCUUAUGUGUUGAUUAGAUCAUAUGAUGCACUACACAAGUUGACUAAUCUUCGAAGCAUAUCGAUAUCCUUUUAUGGUAAUUAUUAUAAUUAUAAUGACGAUGAUGUGAGAAGGGUGUUGGGGUCCCAAAUCGUUCAAUCAGGCCGCCUAACAUCCUUGCAAAUAUGGAUACGCAGCACCGAAGGUGGAUUUCCAAGUCUGGAAUCACUUUCCUCAUGUCAUAGUCUCUCUAAAUUACUUUUGUAUGGGGAGAUGAAAUUCCAACAACAACAAGGAUUAAUACAUCUUCCACAAAGCCUCACCAAAUUGACUCUAGCGCAUUCUGAGAUGAAGCACGAUCCAAUGCCAAUGUUGGAGAAUGAGCUACCAAAUUUAAGGUUUCUCAUGCUUGGUUGGAAGGCAUAUGUUGGUUCUAAAAUGGUUUGCUCUGCCCAUGGAUUUCCAAACUUAGACACUCUUAAACUCUCUAGCUUAGAGGAUUUAAGAGAGUGGAUAGUAGAGAAAGGUGCGAUGCCGAGUCUCAAGAAAUUAGGAAUUGAUUGGCUUUCCGAAUUAGAGAUGAUUCCAGAAGGCUUGCAAUUUGUGACUUCCCUCGAAGAGUUGAGAAUUGAUAGGAUGAGGAAUUCCUUCUGCGAGAAGCUUCAAGGGCAGGAUUACUACAAAGUCCAACACAUACCCUCUAUCUUUUUAAACUGGUGUCACUGAAGGCUUGAAAUUUGUGACUUCCCUCAAAAAAUUGAAAAUUGAUCAUACGAGGAAUUCCUUCUACGAGAAGCUUCAAGUGAAAAACGGAAUUGAAGGGCAGGAUUACUAUAAAGUCCGACACAUACCCUCCAUCGUUUUUAUGAAUAUUCAAGAGGAUAUUGAAGAAGAGGAUAUUGAAGAUUAAUUUAUGUACUGAAUGGGAGGAUCACUACACAGCCAAACACAUACCCAUCUAUCUCAUCCAUUUUUUUUUUUUUUUAUUAGAUAGAACGUUUUAUUUGCAUUUUUUGUUUUUUUGUUUUUUAUUGUUAUUAUAUUAUAUUGUACAUAUAUUAGAAAUUUUUUUUUUUUUUUCAAUAGAUCAUUUCGAACUUUUUUUUUUUAAGUUUUGUUUAUGUGAUGC